UAAAUAAACCCGCCCGGGGGGGUGGGGCUGCGAAAGUCGCUCUCCGGAGAGAGACGGAACUGCAGGUGGCAAACUGGUUUUACUUUUAAAGAGGCGGCUCCAGCCCCCGGGGGCGCGCGCUUUUGAACCCCGUUUGGGCGCGCGCCCCGCGACGCCAGCAGCCCCCCAACGGCCGAGUCCGAGCCGCCUCGCCCAGCGUGAAGGAGCCGAAGAAAGUGGCCGGUUUGCAGGUCGGCAACCCUUGAAGCUCUGCGGGGAGAGGAUUUUGCUUUCUCAGGAUGUUGGAGACAUAGGGACUCUGCUCCCAAAAAAGUGAAGGAUCUGAGACACCACCACCCCGAGACCCUGCACGACGACACCCCUGACUGACACCAGGAGAAAAGUAUCCCCUGAUGACCUCCAGCUCCGAGCAGGCUCAACAGCGGGACAGAUGCUGGCGUGGAUCCCAAGAUGAUGAUCUGUUUAAGAAGGAAAUUUUAUUUGGCCACGGGUGUGUGUGUGGUGGCCGUUGCUUCCAUGCUGAUGCUUUCCUACUACCGGAUACAGAAAUACUCUUUACUAUCCAAAUUAGUUGCAGGGAGAGGGAAAAACUUCUGCAGAGGUGGGGUCACCAACAGCUCGAUCUCAGCUUUGAGCGACAACAGAUCUUUCGUCAUCACCCCGUACUCCGAUAACAGAGUACAGAAGUUGACUCGGGUGAUUGGGGUUGUACAUCAUGAGGAAGUAAAGGAGCACUAUUGCUGGUUCUGUUGCCCAGCUGAUGAUGUGGUCUUCCUCUCUAAGGCUACCGUAGAUGUUCACUCGGAUCGAUUUGGGUUCCCGUAUGUGGUCGCGGACUUGGUCUGCGUGGAACCCUCGCACUGUGACCCUCGCUACGUGACGUUGCAGUCGUAUGCUAAAGGAGACGUUUCUGGCCUGUCGCCGCAGCUUGAAAUAAAAAACCGCCAGCGUGAGGACACUCUGGUUGACUUCACAGUGUGCAUCUCCACCAUGUUUGGAUACUACAACAAUGUCCUCCAGUUCAUACAGAGCGUGGAAAUGUAUAAGCUCCUCGGGGUGCAGAAGGUGGUGAUCUAUAAGAACAGCUGCAGCCGACUGAUGAAGAAAGUCCUGGAGUUUUAUGUGGCAGAGGGGACUGUGGAGAUAAUUCCCUGGCCAAUCACAUCCUACCUCAGCGUUUCUACCCAAUGGCAUUUUAUGGGUGAUGGGACCCAAAUUGGCUACUAUGGACAAAUCGCAGCUCUGAAUGACUGCGUCUACCGGAAUAUGUACAGGAGCAGAUACGUACUGCUGAACGACAUCGAUGAAAUUAUUUUGCCUGUUCAACAUAUGGAUUGGAAAGCCUUGAUGCAAAGUCUCGAGGAGCAAAAUCCAGAGAUUGGUGUUUUCCUCUUUGAGAACCAUGUCUUUCCUAAUAACGUGUUCACCCCCACCCCUGUCAACAUUACCCGUUCGUGGAACGCAGUACCUGGAGUCAACAUCCUGCAGCACAUUCUCCGAGAACCAGACAGGAAAGAGGUCCUCAACCCGCGGAAAAUGAUUGUCGAUCCCAGGAAAGUGGUUCAGACGUCAGUUCACUCUGUCCUCCAGGCGGUGGGAGACAGCGUGGAGGUCCCCAUGGAUGUUGCAAUUGUCUUCCACUGCCGGACCCCCUUCCAGCCAGACCUGCCCAGGGAAUCUUUGAUUAGGGACACCACACUAUGGAGAUAUAAUUUGUCACUCAUCAGCAGAGUUAGCCAAGUUCUACAGAAGAUACUAUUGUGAAGUGAUAAGCCCAGAAAACAUUACUGAUAUCUGUCUUUGGGUGCUAACCCUAAGAAGAGGUUGUGCAUGUUGAGCUUCCCAUGCAGCCAGGCGUCCGGGAAAUGAAUACAAAAAGAAUGUGUUUGCUCGUGACUGUCUGAGAUUGUGAAUCACGGAGCCAGAGGAAGAGAGAUGGUAUGUUUGUUCAUUCAUUGGCAAAAGUGCAUAGAUAUGCAACAUGAUGGGUCAGCCACCAGUGGUUCAUUGGCUUCAGCAUCCUGUCUCCAGGAUGCUUCAGAAGUCACGGACCAUAGGCCACAGGAAGGAUGGAAGACACCAUCUCUCUUGCGCUGAGUUCCCUUCAACUUGAAAAGUCUUUAAAGACAUAGGGGGUGUCUUGUGUGGUUUGAUCAAGGAUCUGUUUUACUAACCCAGUACCGUAUGUGGUCUGUGAAACAUACAUACAUAUAUAUCCCAAUACAAGUACUAUAUAUAUUGAUACAAAAUUGUAGAGUGCUCCUGUUCAAGGUACCAGCCAGCCAGCUAUGCCCUCUUUAGGUUACUCCAUUCCAUUGCCUGUCCCCUCCAGUUUUCUAUCGCCUUCUUCCCCUGCCUCCCCACAACAGCCAACAUUCAGUGGCCAUUCAACAUGCUUAAUCCUUGGGUUAGUUUCCCCCUCCCCUAAUUUUUGUUUGUAUUUCUGCAAAUCGUGGGUUUCCUCCAAACCCACUGAUACCAUGGAUGAUGCUGUUUUGGCUACAUAAGGAAUGGCACCUGUAGCCUGAACACUGGAAACAGAACAUAUACGCACGCUUUGCUCAGGCCAUUCAGAUUCGUCACAGAUGAGUUCUACAACCACCAUAGUAAAUAGCUGUAGAAACUUGUCAUAUGCAAAUUGAGCAAAUCUGCAUGCUUGAUAUUUUCUUAAUUAUAUAAUUAUUCCAGUUUUGACUGUCACAGUAGCAGCAAGAUGAUAUUCUGGAACCUCGGUUGCAGCCCCCUGCAUGUCUUACUCAGCUGUUCCUCUGGCUUUUUAGUUGCUGUUAUCCACACCCCUUUAUUUCAAGCAAACCUUCCCAUCAACAGGGGCUAGAAACUUAUUUCUUCUUAAACAAAAGUUGAGAUUCCCAGCAAGUUAGUUUCUGGACCCAGCAGCGCAUUCUGUUCUUCCACAGAAUCCCUGAACUCAACAUCCUGGGUUGUAUCCAGCUAAGUUCUACUGAGAAUGGACCCCCUGAAGUUAAUUGUACAUAAGUUACUCACGUCUAUCAGUUUCAGUGAGCCUACUCUCCAAUAGGACUAGCGUUGGAUGCAACCCUAUGUCUCUGAAUAGGAAUGGUGAAUUGCAGAGAGCAUUUACCCCACCUCAAUUUGCAACCAUGUCUUCCUCAGCCUGGUCAUAUGUAUUUGUUAGAAACCAUUGGUUACCACAAAAAAAUACAAACAGUAUUCCUGAGCUUGUUGCCCUCCGGAUGAUUUGGACUAGGACUCCCAUCAGCCCCUGCCAGCCAAAACCACCUGUCAAUUGAGAGCCUGUAUUUGUGGAAUGCACUUAAUAGAAAACUUUGAAUGCAAUCCUGUGCAUGUGAACUCAGAAAUGAGUGCCACUGCUUAGUCUCCAGCAAGUUUAAGAUUGCAGUCCUAACCCAGUUAGAUAUUGUAUUGUCCAUUCUAGUUCUGUCCUAGGGAUAUAUUUAAAUAUAUAUAUGUGAGCAAGCUAGCUAGACAAGCAGGGAUUUCAGGAUAAUGGAAAUGGAAAUGGUCCGCCUUCAAGUCGAUUACGACUUAUGGCAGCCCUAUGAAUAGGGCUUUCAUGGUAAGCGGUAUUUAGAGGUGGUUUACCGUUGCCUCCCUCUGAGGCUGAGAGGAAGUGACUGGCCCAAGGUCGCCCAGUGAGCUUCAUGCUGUGUGGGGAUUCGAACCCUGGUCUCCCAGGUCGUAGUCCAAUACUCUAACCACUAUGCCACACUGGCUCUUUCAGGAUGAUAAUUACUGCCAAACAAGGUGGUAAUCUUUGCUGCAAGACAGAACAAAAAACAGAGGAUUUUUAUAAAGCUAAACGAGGUUUCCUGUUAAGGGAAAUCUCUUUAAUUGCAUAUCAUUCAGCAGCCCCAUUGAUUCCUGGAUUCUAAGUGCACUGUUGACCUGUGUUUAGCAAGCCUCAUUAAGAUUGCAAUCUUAUGCACCUUUAAAACUUGAAUAAAGUGGGCUGGUAUCUUAGGAUCAUAGAGUUGUAGGGGACCUUGCCUGAUGUAGGAAAGCCAGAGGAUAACUCAGCACAUGACUGACUAGCUUCUGAUUGCUUGAAUUAAGCGGGGCUGAUUUCUGACUUGAAAAGAAAGUGUGUCUUCAGACAAUGAAAGUAUGGGAUUUGCUCCCACAAGAGGUAGUGGUGGAUAAGGGUAUCAGUGGCUACUAGCCACAGUGGCUCUGUUCUCCCUCCACUGUUGGGAGACAGUAUGCCUUUGAAUACUGGUUGCUGGGAAUUGCAGGCAGGGAGACGCUGUUGAACUCAGGCUCUGCUUGCGGGCUUCUCAUGGGUGUCUGGUUGGCUACUGCAGGAUCGUUGGACUAGAUGGGUCUUUGGCCUGAUCCAACAGGGCUCUUCUUGUGUGCUUAUGAGCAAACACACUUUGGAUCGUAGGAUCCUAGAGUUGUGAUGCAGGAAAUCCAGCAUUCCCAACAGAUGACUGUCCACUGCCCCACCAAUCUGUCUGUCCUUUGCCAACCCCCACCUGCCUGCCUUCUUACUUACAACCAAUCACAGCCUGUUAUUGUAUCUGGCUCCACCUACUGCUGGCCUCCCUGCCUUCCGACCCACCAGUUCCAGUGGGCACCAGCCACUGCUGCUUUCCUUUCUCCCUUUAUUUCCCCCUUCCACUUAUCUCGACUGUCCCUACUCUAAGCAACCUCCUUCCCUCCAAACAUGAGCCCUAAACACGGACUAUUUCACCAGCGUCUGCCAGUCAGAGUACAGAGAAGGGGGAUGGAUGUACCAAAGGUCUAUAUAAGGUAGCCACAGACGUUAGACGUGAUGAUGAUGAUAGCACAGUGUUGAUUAUUUCUUAAACCUGCAUGCUCAUUAUAAGCAAGUUAUGAAGGGGCGUACAAAAGGCGGUGAGGCCUCAUACUCAGGGAUCACACAAGUCAGGGGUCGCCAACCUUUUUAGGCCAGGGGGUACAUUUGGAAUGUUGCCAUGGGGUGUGUGGCAUAACCCCAAAUGGCUGCUGUGGGAAUGUGGUACUGACUCAAAAGUGACUAACAUGCCAUAAGUGAGCCAGACUCUUUACAAUGAGUCCCACAACUCAACCCGCACUGAGUGAAUAUUAUUAUUAUUAUUAUUAAUAAUAAUAAUAAUAAUAAUGUGGUAUGUUUGUUUGUCUUGCUGUUAAACUUAAUAUUUUCAACUCAUGACAUACCGUGUUUAUUCCACCGUGAUGCCCCAAAACAGAUUUGGGUCUUUGUCAGGUUGUUAAUGGGAUAUGCAAAAACACAAGAGGACUUUAAAAAUAACAAUCAAAUAUACUUUCUAUCCCAGUGGUGGAGUAGCUCUGUUUGGGCAAGUGAUGUUAUCUCAGGGAAUGGGGAACCUGUGGCCCUCCAAAUAUUGUUGGAGUACAACUCCCAUCAGCCCAGCCAGCAUGGCCAAAGAUCAGGGAUGAUUGGAGUCAUCCAAAAGCAUCUGGGGAGUCAUAGCUUUUCCUAACUCCUUUUGUUAUUAUGGACCUUAAAAAUGUAUGCAAACGUGUUUUGCAUGCAGUUUUUAUUUAUUUAUUUAUUGUAUUUGUAUACCGCCCCAUAGCCGAAGCUCUCCGGGCGGUAUGCAGUUCUUGUAUGCAGAGUUAUAGUGUCAGUUCUGCAUAGGAAAAACUGUUUGAAAAGGGGUAUGCUUUGGCGCUUAACUUCUUGGAAAACGUGGAUGUUUAAAGAAGGUGGCGGAUGCUUCUGAAAGGAGGCUUCUUGCCACCCAUGGUGGGUGUGAAAAACCAAAACGUGAUCAGAUAGCAGGAGAUGGUGAUGGGUAUUAACGGCAGAAAUGUUUCAACUCAAGCUGGAACCAGAUCCAGUGGUGUGUUGCUGAAUUACGUUGAAAAUUGGAUCACGUCAGGAGAAAAGCUGGUGUAUUAAAUUAUGCAUGGUGUGAAGAGGUUCCUUCUCUUAUAAUAUUAGAACUCGGGGACAUCCAAUGAGGCUGAAUGUUGGAAGCUUCAGGGCAGACAAAAGGAGGUCCUUCUUCACACAGUGUGUAGUUAACCAAUGGCAUUCACUCCUGCUAGAGUGACGGCUACCAACUUGGAUGGCUUUAAAAGAUUAGAGAAAUUCAUGGAGGAUAAGGCUAUCAAUGGCCCCUCGCACUGAUGGCUGUUCUACCUUCACUGUCGGAGACAGUAUGCCUUUGAACAGCAGUUGCUGGGAACUGCAAGGUGGGAUCAAUGUUGUUGCACUCAGGUCCUGCUUACAGCCAUCCGGUAGCCAUCUGAGGCUGCUGAGAGUUGUUAAAAGACUCCUCCUCACAGAGCUAGUUUCCAGAAUGGUUCAAUAGUCAGUCCCUCUUCCCAGGGAACUCUGGGAAUUGUUAACUCUGUGAGGGGCAUAGAGCUCUCUGAACAACUCUCAGCACCCUUCGCAAACUACACUUCCCAGGAUUCUUUGGGGGAAGCCAGCAUUGCUUAAAGUGGAACAAAUGUAUGGUACGAACAUGGUCUUUGACCAAUGGUCCAUCCACUUCAUUACUGUCUACAUUAACCGGCAGUUUUUUAGGGUUUUCAGAUGAUGGACAUUCCCAGGCCUACCUGGAGAUGCCAGGGAUUGCCCCUUGGACCUUCUGCAUGGAAAGCUGAUGCUCUACCACUGAGCCUUUCUCUAAGCAGGUGGUCUCAUAGGUCAGCCGUGUGCUUAUGGUCCACAAAAUACAUUGCCUAUAUGUGGGGGAACUAAGUUCCUGACUCUGGAAACUACUGUAUUAUGUAUUAUAUAUCAAGAGCCUCAGGACCAGAGCACUUUAGAGGCAAAUGGAUUUCAAGUAAUCGUGUCUUGAGUGCUGUGUUUAAUUAUUUAGUCUUUGUUUUGCUUUCUAUCUCUAAAAAAAGUAUGCCUUGUACUAGAUUUGCGGGGGCGGGGAGAACAAGAAAACUGCAACCCAAAUCUGACGUCAUUGGAUUUUUAUGCCUUGCGGUGCUUAGCUGUUGCCCUAAUCCGCCUCCAGGGAUCCUAAUUGACUGAAAAACAAACACCCCGCCCCCCCCUGCCAUGUGGCAUGCUUAUAUGCCUUCCACAGCACCAUCCUCUACAGACAUCCACAGAGCAGACUCCACACCGUGCGGAGGGAUGCAUUAUCAGCUGCUAGUGAGAGAAACAGUGCGACAGAGUGGGUAGAGUGUCAGACUCAUAAAAGGGAGAGUAAGGUUCAAAUCUUCACGCGGUUACUGUCUCUCUUGCAUGUUGUUCUGAAUGCCUUUGGGCAGUGUUAGGGAACCUUUUUGUUUUACCCCGAGGGCCACAUUCCCUUCUGGGGUGGCCACAUGCCAGAUUCAAGGUGCUGGUACUGACCUACAAAGCCCUACACGGUGUGGGCCCGCAAUACCUGAUGGAACGCCUCUCCCGCUAUGAACCUACCCGUGCACUUCGUUCGACAUCUAAGGCCCUCCUCCGAGUACCGAGUCAUCGAUAAGCUCGGAGGGUAAUGACAAGAUCCAGGGCCUUUUCUGUGAUGGCCCCCGAAUUGUGGAACAGUCUCCCCGAGGAGGUACGCCUGGCGCCUACGUUGUUAUCCUUUCGGCGCCAGGCUAAAACCUUCCUAUUCUCCCAGG